AUGUUUUUGAAAUAGCUCUUCCUAAGUUUGAGACAAAAAUUGAGGAUAAUUAAAGAAAUGUCAAAGUUAUAGAUGCAGAAUUAAAAAUCAAAGAUCCAGUUAAUGGAACAGUUAUUACCAAAUAAACCAGUCUCACAUUAACAUUUUUUAAUUAAGAUGAAUAAAUUAAUUAAAAUGAAGCUGAUCUUGAUGUUUAUGCAUAGUAUUUCAGAGUCAAAGGAACAGAAGUGAUAGAUGAAGCAAGAAAAGCUUGUGAAUAAAAUAAGAACGAGGAUGCCGAAAAAUUAAUUGAUAAUAUGUUGAUACAAAUUUAAAAGAUACCAAAUGUUGCUGCUUAAUGUACUGGAAUUAUUUAAGAUUUGUAAUAAGCAAAAUAAGCAUCUGCAAGAACAUCAUAUAGUUUAUUUGGACAGAAACAAAUGUGUCAAAUGGUCAGUAAUAAUUAUCAAUAGGGAGGAGUCAAUUCUUUAUUUUCUGCUUAAGGAAUGCAAUUAUAAUAAGUUUAACCAGCUGCAUACUAGAAUGUUUAAUAAUAAUAGAUGAUGGUUUAAGUGUAAAAAUCAAAAAUACCAUAAAAAUUUAUUUGA